AUGGAAGUAGCUGAGGCCAGUUUCUGGGAGCUCUACGGAGGAAAGGAGGGGAACAAAUCCACGUCGGAGAUGAGGCACAUCCUGCCCCGUUGGACGAGGCUGACGUGGGAAGCCUGUGGCAAUCAGCAGCUCUGGGCCAAGGAUGACAGCGAUGUCCCCCGUGAUGAGGAGAUUCAAGAGCGGGAGGAACCGUGGCUGGUGAGCAUCCUGGGGAAUGGCGAGAGGUGCCAAGGAGCUGUCUUGAGCAACUGGUGGGUCCUGACGGCGGCGAGCUGUUUCCUGCUGAUGAAGCCGAGCUACGUGGAGCUGAUCACGACUGGCGGACAUAUCUCCACGAUAACAGUGAGCCAGUUCCUGUCACACCGGGGCUUCAGUUCGUGGGCCAGGCCUCCCGUGAACGACAUGGCGCUGGUGAUGCUCAGCCAGCCGAUUGACCUAAGAAGCAGAGACAUAUGGCCAGUCUGCGUCCCUGACAGGAAAAACACUUCCCUCAUGUUGGAGCAUUGUCGGAUCCAUAAACGAGACCAAAAUGAUUCCAAGCAACGGUUGGAGCGGAUUGGUGUGUAUAUGCUGGAGAUGUCAGAGUGUACUACAGAAUGGCCAGGCACAUCAGAUGAAUGGAACAUAUGCAUGGCAAGAAAGACAAACAGCGAGUCAGACUGCAUGGUUCCUGUCGGCAGUCCUGUGCUCUGUCACGACCCGGACAGUGGCCACUGGGAAUUGAGGGGCAUCGUGAGCCAGAGUUCGACCAACUGCUCAAGUCCAAUCUUGGCUUCCCAGAUCAUACCCCAUCUAGAAUGGUUGUGGGAGGAGCGAAUACUGAAGAAUCCUGUCUCUCCAAGCCUUGAAUAUACUGAGAACACCCACAGUAUUGACGUUUCCCUAGCAACGGAAGAGUCUUUGACGACAACCCGGCAAUCAUGGGACACGUUUCAAACACAUGAAGAAGAAGACACCGCUCAUGAAGAAGAAGAAACUGCUCAUGAAGAAGAAGAAACCGCUCAUGAAGAACAUGCCACACCUCUGACAGAAGACCCAUUCGACACAUCCGUAGAAACUUCAUUAGAAACAGCCAUAGAAACUUCAUUAGAAACACCCAUAACAACCGAGCAGUCUCCCCCAACGGAUGUACAAUUACCUGCGAUAUUCCCAUUUAAAGGACAUAUAUUUGGAAUACCCCCAACAGCCACAAAAGUACAGCAAUCAUUAUCAAAGGUCAUGACGGAAGCAACAGCAGGGUAUUCAGAACCUGUCGAUCUCAUAGUACAACCGUCGGCCUCAGCAACCAAUUCAACAAUCUUUAUAGCAUACCCAACAGCCAAGCGUUUGUCACCUGUAACAUCUUCACAGAUCAAGUUGCCUGUAAUAUCUACAGUGACCAAAUCUCCUGUAACAUCUACAAAGACCAAUUCGCCUGUAAUAUCUACAGUGACCAAAUCUCCUGUAACAUCUACAAAGACCAAUUCGCCUGUAAUAUCUACAGUGACCAAAUCUCCUGUAACAUCUACAAGGACCAAUUCGCCUGUAAUAUCUACAGUGACCAAAUCUCCUGUAACAUCUACAAGGACCAAGUCAUCUGUAACAUCUACAAAGACAAAGCCCCCUGUAAAAUCUAAAAGGACAAAGUCCCCUGUAACAUCUAAAAGGACCAAAUCGCCCAUAACAUCUACAACGAUCAAGUCGCCUGUAACAUCUACAGUGAUCAAGUCGCCUGUAACAACUACAACUACCAAGUUGCCUGUAACAACUACAACUACCAAGUUGCCUGAGACACCGACAAGGCGAGAAUCCCCUCCCCAAACCUCAACACUAAGGGCUGCAAAGAUUAUAAUCCUGGCACGCUCCACAGUAAAAAAAUCUCCAACAACUAGACGGACAUCGACAACAGCGUCAUCCAAAGCAUACAUGACAACCAACAAACAACCCUAUGUUAUCUCCUCAAAAAAACACUUAUCCCACAUAAUUAUAAGACCGCUGGCUAAAAAAUCUACUCGCAUAACACCCACAACCAGCCACUCGACCUCGACUGUGCUAGCUGUUAUGCAUUUGCAGCAUGUGAUCGUAAUUCCUGCUACCACACGGACAUCUUUGACUUCCCCGGUCUCCAAAAAGGUGCCUCCAGUAGACCCUCCGUCACCGAAACCCACUGUUGAAAUGUCUCUGGCCAGCCCUUUCAUAGCCACCAGGCCGCAUUUCCCCAAGAACAAAUUUGAGGAAACCAUGACUCCCACGCCACCUCUAGCUUUAUUUACCUCACCCAAUGCAGCCGUUCCCACAACUCCCCUAUUCCUCCCCCGUGUGCGCAUGACCAUGGAACAGUGUGAGAUGGCCCUGGAGUGGAAUAGCGUAUCUCAGACCUACCAACUGAACAAGAUGGCGGAUCUGAUGGGACACAAAAUUGGGUGCGGGCUGAGGCCUGGCUUUCUGGCCCACUGCCCUGGCUGCUUGGAGGCUGAAGCUGGUGAAUUCCCAUGGGUUGUCUCUCUCACGCUAUCCAUACAACACUUCUGUGCUGGUUCGAUCCUCAACCCCUGGUGGAUUUUAACCACAGCCAACUGUGCCAACCUGAUAAAGGAUUCGGAAGCUCUGGUCCUGGUACAGGCUGGGCUGGUCGAUCUCUCAGAAGGAACAGGCUCCGUGCCCGUCCGCCAGGCCCUGACCCACCCCGACGCCCUGGCAAACAAAGAUCUUCACAACCUGGGGCUUUUACAGCUGCAGAAACCACUGGAGUUUGGGCCCCACGUUGCACCUGUGUGCAUAUCAGACACGGCCCACGUGAUGGACGACUUCAGAGAUUGCUGGCUGCCGAGUUGGACGGUGCUGCAGGGAGGCCCCACCAGACUCCUGAGACGUCCUUUAACCAUCCUCAGCGUCAGCAGCUGCAGCCGGCCUGAGGAGAAGCUGUCCAAGGCCGUCUUCUGUAUCAAGGCCCAGAAAGACCAGGGGCAAAGCUGCAAGGGUGACGUGGGCUCCCCGUUGAUCUGCCCUGACCCCAAAGGCGGGGCCUGGGUUCAGCUGGGGGUGCUGAGCAGUUUUGACGAAGCCUGCGCCCGCCCCUACGUCUUCAACAGUUUGCAGCGUUACCUGCCCUGGCUGGAAAAGACCACCAGAGACCAGGGCCGGAGUGAUAACUACACGGUCUCCUGGCAACGGCAAGGCUCCGCCCUCCAGCUGAGGCUGCUCCGGGAACCGGAGGCCUUGGCGAAAUGGAUCUCAGCAGAUUCUGCCCUGGCCUGGCAAGCGCUCGUCGCCACGUGCGGGAAUCGGAGCUGCGGGGGCUCCAUCCUAGACCGUUACUGGGUGCUGACCACGGCGCAGUGUGUUCGGGAUACGAACCCAGCAGACACCGCUGUCUUUGUGGGGUUAACGCACCCCAAGGGUCAGGCCCAGGGGAUCCUGGUGGCUGGGAUUUAUCCCUACGAGGGGACCCCACAGAGCAAUAUCUCCGGGGGCACCGUGGCCCUGCUGCUGCUCCGGGACCCCAUCGCCUUUGGCAAAUACGUCACCCCCAUGGCCUUGCCGCAGACUGCCACUUGGGAUAGUUGCAGAGUGCUGGGACUGCAAACGUGGAAGCCUGGUGAAGCUGAGCCCGACCCUACUGCCUACCAAGCCAAGGUGCUACUGGCCUCUGACUGCGCCAUAAAACAUCCCGGGGUCAAUCCAGCCGUGUUCUGCAUUGAAAGGAACAGCUUUCACUACCUGCCUGUAGCUACUGUAGGCGAGGGCGCGGCUCUGCUGUGCCACUCAGAGGCAACGACUCCCCCCUGGAGCCAGGCUGGCUUAACCAGUGAGCCCUUUCCGGGAUCCCAGCCAGACAUCCUGUCCUCCAGCAUCGCCCCCUACGUGGAGUGGAUGGAAAAGACCUCCCAAGAAGCCAGGAACCUCUUGUCGCUGUCCCGUGGAAGAAGAACCGCCCGCCGGCCCCAUUGGGCCCUUCUCCUGACCCUGUCGCUGUUGGGAGAGACGGCGCUGGGUUGAAGGACAGAGGGGGAGGGGGAGACGGGGGUUGCACAUGGGAGCCCUUAUCCUAGAUUUUUAAAAAAAAAAAAAGAAAAAGAAAAUGUCCUCCAAA